AUUAUCAUAGAUAUGUUGACACAUUUCCUUUGUUUGAAUCUCGGCUACAGGUACAGCAAUUGCUACGAUUUCAAGCCUCCGUGAUGAUCGUCUACGUCGACGCCUCUGGUUCUCGACACGCCUUCGAGGUCAACGCUUCGGACACGAUCGAUGACCUUCUGCGGAUGUUGGUUUCGAAGGGGAUAUGUGACGAUUCGGACAGUCUGCAUAAGAGUGGCAGGAUACUGGACGAUGAGAAGACCAUCUCCCAAAAUGGGAUAAGGGAAGGAGAUACAGUGGGGAUCAAACUUUGUGAAAUGGCCGCUGCCGUCCACGUAUCCCUUCUCUCUGUGGCGACCGACUCGGGAAAUGUUACCAAGAUGGUCGUCGACGAGGAGAGCUCCGUGCGCGAGGUGAGGGACGUGGCGGCGAGGGAUGCGGGCGUGAGCGCGAGCAAGCUGCAGCUCAUUGCAGGAGGCGUCGAGAUGCAGGAGGACCGGAGGCUGAAGGACUAUGACAUCACUGGCGACGCUGUGGUGUGGAUGGAGGUCGAGGGAAAGAGGAAGGGACGCGCAGGAGGGAGCGGAGCCAGCCACAGCGGCGAGACUGGCUGUUGUGGCGCCUGUUUAGUUCUGUAAUGUCAUACUGGACAGUUUCUAGUGCUGAAAAUAUUGGUUGCAUUAUGAACAGUACUUCACACACAAUCACAAAUACGCGAAAACACACACACACACACACGCACAUAAAUCCUCGCAUUCUGCGUAAGACACACAGUGCAGAUGACUAAACCAACUAUAAUACCUGACGCAAUGAUAAUGAUGAAUAAUAUCCCUCCUUGACCAGGACUCAAAUUUCUGAAACUAUUCUCGGUUUCACCUACCUUAUAAUUUGUGAAUAUUAACUUAUGUUGAUAUUUCAAAAACAUAUGGAUUGUUUUCUGAUUUUAUCAUUUAUAUACAUACAUACAUACAUACAUACAUACAUACAUACAUACAUAUAUAUAUAUAUAUAUAUAUAUAUAUAUAUAUAUAUAUAUAAUAUUGCAUAAUGGGGAAAAUAAAAUAAUGAUUAAUUAGUAAAAGGGCUAACUCACUAAGCUACUGUAACGAGGCAGUUCUUGCCGUAGCGAUCGUACCCCCCCCCCCCACCGUCUUGAGGCCUACCAUCGUUCCUUGGGAAGAUUCCCUCGGCCACUCCUCCACCGCCAUAGGCCUGGGCAAGACCUCUCUGCCAUUUUGAUGUUUUUGUGCCAUUUUUUUUUUUUAUUGGUUUGUAUCUAUUUCUUUGUUAGGUUCAGGGCGAUACAUUAAGAUAUAUUAAUGUAUUGCUUAGGUAUGAUUUCUUUUAUUUUGUUUGAUUUUGUGUGUUUCGUCUGUUUUGUUUUGAUGACUUUGGUGCCGGAAGAAAUAAUAAAUAAAUUGUAAUUAAUGAG